UGUGUCUCUUAAUGUUUUUUACUAGUUUGUAUAUUCUCCGUCAUGGCUGUUUUAGAUAAUGUGCAUGUCUUUCACCGUGUGCUGCCGACUGUGCCACGGUUGAGAAUUGUCACCGCUCUUUUCAAAGUGUCCAGUUACAGUCCCAUCUCCAGACACGCAUCAGCCCAUGGUCAGCCAGCAUGUUGCUAACAUGGGGUGUAAGGGCUGGGGGGGGGGGGGUGUCAGUGAGGAUCUUUUUUCUGCAUGGGCUAAAUAAAGCUUUGCACAUCAUGCCAUUUAAGCUAAGUGUAUGCUGGGUCUCGGUGAACGUCUUGUGGCUGUUUUCACAUGGAGGCAUUGGAUUGUAUUUCUACUACAGUACAUUAUGCAAAUCUUAAGUUGUUCUCAGCAAUUUGUUCCCACACAUUCAUAUAUGUGGACAUUCAUUUACAAAACCAAAUCAAUCUGAUGAUCUGUUUUCAUUGUCCUUGACCUGUCGACGUCCUUUAUUCUGCUGUGUGUGUGUGUACCUAGCAGCUGAAGGUUUUGAGGACACAUCAACACAGCUGCCAGCUUGUCACUGACACUGGCUGUCGCUGCUCCUAUCUGAAAAUAUGCUCGGUCUGUACAAAGGCAUCGGCUCUCCAAUGAUGGGCCUCACCUUCAUCAAUGCCAUAGUUUUUGGGGUCCAGGGCAACGCCAUGCGCAAGCUUGGCCGCGACACGCCCCUCAACCAGUUCCUGGCCGGAGCCUCGGCAGGCACCAUCCAGUGUGUCAUCUGCUGCCCGAUGGAGCUGGCGAAGACGCGCAUGCAGCUGCAAGGGACCGGAGAGAAGAAGUCGAAGAGGAAGCUGUAUAAGAACUCCUUGGACUGUCUGGUGAGAAUCUACAACAAGGAGGGGAUCCGAGGUAUCAAUCGCGGCAUGGUGACCACCCUGCUGCGCGAGACACCCGGUUUCGGUGUGUACUUUCUCGCUUACGACACGUGGACACGUUACCUCGGCUGCGAGCCGGAGGAUCCUUACAUGAUCCUCAAGUUGCUGUUUGCCGGUGGGAUGUCCGGCAUCGCUUCCUGGAUCUCCACCUAUCCCGUGGACGUGAUCAAGUCGCGCCUCCAGGCGGACGGGGUGGGCGGCGUUCACCAGUACAGCGGCAUCAUGGACUGUGUCAGGCAGAGCUUAAAGAAAGAGGGGUGGAGGGUGUUCACGCGGGGACUCACGUCCACUUUGCUCCGCGCAUUUCCAGUGAAUGCGACCACGUUUGCCACCGUGACUCUAUUUUUACUGUACAUGCGCGAGGGAGAGGAGUGUAGCAUUCAGGACUCUGAGCCGCCAUCAGUCCAGCUGCAGCCUCUGCAGCCCCAGACACAGCCAACCAGCAUGUGAGCUGCAGAGAGCAUGACUACAGUCAUCAGCAAGUCUAUAUAGCGUUUCUCUAGAGGGAAGCUGCAGCUUAAUGCAGGUCUAUGAUCUGUUCACUGGUGUCAAUUAUGAGAGAGGUGAACUGAUCCGAGGUAAGCCCAUGGAGCUACAGCCAAGUGACCCCGUGCAUUAUUUAAAUAAUAUAUUUUAAGAUGAAGGUUGCAUUUGUAAAUAUAGUAUGGCUAAUAGUCCUUGGUUUUUCUACACAUUUUGAGUUUUAAGUAAUUUAGGAAACUUACAAUUGUCACUGAUUACAGUAGUUACAGAUGUUCGUAAAAGUGAGACCGUCUUUAAUGCUGUGUUCAAGUCAUAGUGUGUUAACCGUUCUCCACUAUAAGACAUUAAGACAUGCCUAAACGUGGUUAUUACCAAAAAUAGUCUACAAAGUUUAGCAUGUUUGUGAACAUGAAUGCGUUUAAUACUGUUACAUUUUGCAAACUUCAAUCGGUAAAAUUAAUGUGAUUUUCAAUUUACAAUUAAAUAAUUUUAAGUGGUUAACCAAUCAAUUAUGUUACCUCCAUGAUAUCCAGGUCAAGUCCACCCCCACAUAGUGUGAACGCAUCAUCUUUUCACAAUGGUUACAGAGACAAAAAGCGUUUUACCUCUAAAUAUUAUUUUUCUGAGGUUAUAAUUGUGUAUGUAGUUCAACUUUCCUCUGAGAAGUCAUAAGAAUUUGAGCCAAAGUCUUGAUGCUGUUUAAAGUUUUAAUUGGUGGAAAUAUUACAGGCUCCGCUUUGGCCUGUUGCAGUAUGACAAACGCAGAUACAAAGGCAUGUGUGAUCAUUUAAUUUAAAGAAUGGAAUUAUUUGAUACAAUCAUUGUCCAUUGGCCAUUAUGCCGUUUUUAAAUCUUUUUAUCGUGGACAGUGUCCAAAGAAAGCACCUUAUGGUAUUGUGAGUACAUGCACAGUUAGAAACCAUUUUCUGCCAUCACAUUGUCCACUUUGCAAUAGAUUUUUCAUUUUGUAUUUCCAAGUAGUGCAAGAUUCUGUUGGCUGCUGAUGGCUGGUUAAAAGUGGGCUUUUAAACAAUCUAAAUGUAAUUUUAAAACUUGUGCCUCUUGUUUGCACAUGUCGGGCUCCGCCUCCUCCUCAAGGUGGAGGUGUGGUUUUGUCAGAAAGGUUCUGUGCACUAGCCUGCGCCACCUAGAGGCAGAGGACGGAAUGGGUCCGGCAAUUUGAACACUUUUCAGCUGCAGGUUUAGCAUUGUGUAGCUGCUGUUUGCGAGUUUAAGACGGCACAUUAUUACUUCUGUCAUUUAUGCACCUGUGAUAACAUUCUCAGACGCUUGACCAUCAGACCACACAAGUGUUAUGAGAAUAAGUCACUGGACAGCUGUGUCCCUCAAUACUAACCAGGAUAGUCAUUAUAGGACGGGGGGACACAGUGUGAACUAGAGGAAUUUGACCUCAGUACUUUACUCACUGAACUGCUGCCCGAGUUCACUGACGCUUUACAUUUUCCAGGUUUGAAGUGUAAACUAUAACAAAUCUAACAGUGAAACUGCGGUCGUGCAAAAAAAAAAAUUUCCUUGGUAAACCUACUUGCAAGUGACGAGUAUUCAAAUUGCUGCCGCUAUUACUUUCCUUCCACACAUUUUCUUGCUGCUGUUUCUUAUUAAAGAGUGGCGGAUGUUUGGCUGGUCUGAAAGAGCUUUGGGGUUGUCCAAUGACAUAAUGUUGUACAUACUGUGAAUUUGUUUUUUUUUUUUUUCUUCAUAUCCUCUCUAGUUACAAUCCUGUAUAUUUUUUUUUGGUUUCAAGAUUUUAGUUCUCUUUUGUCUCGAGUUGUCUGAACGGGUGGAUUAUGCACGAUUGUUGACAUCUUUGUAAAAGGGCUGAUUUUACCGUCUACUGUUGCCUUCAUGUUCUGUGCUCGUUUGUAUACAAUAUCUCGCACCAAAGCAGCAUGCACACUAUGUAGUACUCUGAGAGAAAGGUGAAAUAAAAAUCAUUGUUUUCUGAAAUACGGUUCUUGCUGCAGAUCAACUAUUCCCACAAUAUCUUCUGAGAAUGGACGGAUGUGUUAAGUGACCGUUAAAGAAAUGAAAGACUAUCUAGUGGUGACAGACGGUAUCACAGGUUCUACUUACUGUACACACAAAUACUUUGACAGUAAUGUAUAAAUAGCACUUUUUAUUCAAGACAUUUGAUAUAUGUAUACAUGAUUUGGCAAAAAUAAGUUAUUCAAGUAUCAAAUAUUGAUUAUGAUCACAGUAUUGCCUCAACUUAGAUUAGUGUUUUGAAACACUUUUCACCCAAAUUAUGACAAAAAUACUGCAUGAAACAAAUCCUAUGCCUUAUAUCAAGACACCCAUUGUAUUAUAUAACAAACAAGUUGAGUUGUGUGGUGUUUCCCUUUCAACUUGUGCAAGAAGGUUGGAUUAUUAUCCCGAGGCACUUCAGAUAGAUCAGUUACUGUACACAUGUACCUGUCAUCCUCUGGUCCCUGGUGAGAGUGAAAACAAAGAAGGGCAACAAAAAUAAGGGCGAAGAAAGACAAAGUAGUGGACAAAUAACGGAAGAGGAAUAGAUUUCAGAUUGUUUUUCUCCUCCGCGCCACUAGUUGUUUUUUCCUGCUUUUGAUGUGUUCAAGAAGGAGUCGCAGGAGUAGCGCAGGAAGCGGUAGAUCUCCUCGGCUCUGGACCGACUCAUACAGCCUCCCUUUUGUAUGGCUUCAAUGGAGCUGUGGGAGGAACAGAAGAAGACAGGAGGAGACGUUGUACUGUGUGAACUGUUCUUUUGCCACAACACAUCGCGCACACACGCACGUCCUUUACCUGUUGAUGAGUUGGCCAAUAGACCUGAAGUUGUGGCUCAUGCUGAGGGCCUGGAUGUAGUUGACUGAGGGCAGGCUCAAGUAGAGCUGCAGAGCCUGCUGCCUGUGCUGCCCUAUGACCUCCAUCGGUACGGCGAUGCCCUGACCUUUACGCUGCUCCAGCCGUGCCAGGUCUGCCAGCAAGCCGGCGCUCUGUUCGGCGCCAUCGCUCCACAGCAAGCGCAUCCCGGUGCGCACCAGCGCCGUCAAAGUGCUGUCAUAGUAGCGUGUUCGCUGAAACGGACGGGACGCCUCGCCUGUGACGGCGACAAUUAUAAAGAACUGAAACAUAUGCGAUACCUCAAAGUAAAUCAAAUUGCUGUGCAAGCUACCAAACCUUCCUGUAAUCAAAAUACACAAUACCCAUAUUAAGUCAUCAAAUCAGCAGUCCCUCCCUACUGACCUGGCUUGGUUCGGUCCUUCUCCACUAUCAGACAAACGCGCUCAAACAACCCCUGCAAGCUGUUCACUCUUUCAGCCAGUCGCUUGCGGUUCUGCAUCGCCGCCAAGUCCGACUGGCUGUGCCUCUCCACCGCCGUGCGGUUGCUGACGAUGAAGUAGCUGCCGUCCAGCGAGCAGACGUGGACGGUGGCUGCGUGGCGCUGACGGAGGCUGGUCAUCAGCUCCACCCCGCUACUGAGGCAGCGACUGUCCACCAGAAUGCAAACAGGGGCAGGGGGCUCGCUGACUGAUGAUGGACCCUGUGCGGUGGACGUCUGUGGAACUGAGGAGGUGGCAAGAGGUGCCUGGAAGAAAACCUCAAUGAAGUCAACAUCUUUGUAUGUUUUAGUGACCAUGUUUAACAACACACACACACACCGUAGGACAAGUGUGUAUCUGUACCAUCUUUGCUCGUACCUGGGGUUGUUUCUUGGAGGAUAACAGCAACUCUGUCUCUAUAAAGUCCAGCUCAUCAGAGAGCAAAUGCUGAUUUUCUAUCCUUUGACAA